AUGGCACCAAUUAGAGUCGGAUUUAUAGGUCUUUCGAAAUCCGGCUGGGCUCCUUUAGCACAUUUCCCAUACUUGAACGCCAGUAAGGAUUAUCAGAUCGUGGCUAUUUGCAACACUACUGUUGAGAGCGCGAAGGAAGCUGUCAAGUUGUAUAAUUUGACUACUGAGACGAGAACCUAUGGUGAUCCUGAGGGUAUGUCUUCCGCAUUCUAUCUCUGCAACUUCAUCCUCUUCUUUGCCGCACAUCUUACCAAAGACAACGAAGUCGAUCUCGUAGUCUGCUGCGUACGAGUUGAUCGCCAUUUUCCUACCUUAGCCCCGUCUCUGAAAGCUGGCAAAGAUGUCUAUGUCGAGUGGCCACUUGCUAAGAGCCUACCUGAGGCGAGGGAGUUCCUGAGAUUGAAGAAUGAGGGCGGUGUUAAGAAGGCCAUGGUGGGGUUGCAGGCUCGAAAAGCACCCGUAGUUGCCACAUUGAAUAAGGUGAUCGAGAGCGGCAAGAUUGGAGACGUGCUGAGUAGCAAUUGGACUGGGUACGGCCCGGAUGGUGGCCCGACUGUCACUGAAGCUUUCGAGUAUAUGGGCAGCAGAGCAAUUGGUGGUAAUCUUGUCACAAUUCAUCUGGGCCAUGUCGUGGAUUAUAUCCAGAGGGGCAAGUUUCCAUUCCUGGGCUACGGCUUUCAAACUCCACCAAAAUCCCUACUUGCCAAUCGUCGCAAGACAGUUCAACUAGUUACGCCUGACGGAAAUGUUCUCGAAGAGAAUCAUCCAAAGGACUCUGACGAUACAAUAUUCCUCGAUGGAACACUCAGUACUGGAAUCCCUAUCUCUCUGACUUUUCGUGGAGGCGACCCAUUUCCUGGUACGCCCGGUCUGGAUUGGCGUAUUUACGGCUCAAAGGGAGAGAUCCGCGUCACUGUUACUGGUUCUCUUCUCUCAAUUGGCUAUCUAGACGUGUUAGUUGAGCUCAUCGAGAAUGAAAAGACUGAAAAAGAGGUCAUUGAGGUGGAAGCAGAUGAGUUUGAUGAGAGAGACGAGUUUGGUAUAUGGGCUAGGAAUGUGGCCAGGGUUUACAAGGGGUUCUCCAAAGGGGAGGUCGUUUGUAGUUUUGAGGAUGCGGUUGAGAGACAUGCUUUUCUUGAUGGACUGUAUAGGGAGAAUGGUUAUCAUGGCUAA